CGGCGCGGCGCGGCGCGGCUGUGGAGGCCAGGCGGGAGCGGCGGGGGUCGCAGCCAUUGCCGUGGGAUGUGCGUGGUGCCACCGAUAGAGGACACUCCUUGGAUUGUAAAGCAUUCCAGGCACAAUGGCAGAUCCCAUCCGCUGGGCCAGAUACCGUUGGCAGCGACUCAUAUCUACAGAGGGCAGAGAAGGUAGCAGCCCCAGCAAUUCAAGUGACAAGUGCUAUCAAUCAUCAAAAGCCACUGGCAAACAUAGGAUAGUAAUACCCUGUUUGGGACAUUUUAAGGAAGAGUAUGAAAAAGUAUCAAAACUGUACAUGAAUAACAAAAUACGGACUACUAAGUACACGUUAUUGAAUUUUUUACCACGGAAUUUGUUUGAACAAUUUCACAGAGUUGCCAAUUUAUAUUUCCUAUUUCUAGUUGUUCUGAAUUGGGUUCCUCUGGUGGAAGCCUUCCAAAAAGAAAUUACAAUGCUACCUCUAGUAGCAGUUCUGACAAUUAUUGCAAUAAAAGAUGGUCUGGAAGAUUACUCAAAGUACAAAAUGGAUAAACAGAUAAACAACUUACUAACCAAAGUAUACAGCAGGAAGGAGAAGAAAUACAUAGAUGAAUGCUGGAAGAAUGUCAAUGUUGGGGACUUCAUCCGGCUUUCACGUAAUGAAAUCAUUCCCGCUGACAUGGUGCUGUUAUAUUCCAGUGACCUGGAUGGGAUCUGCUACAUUGAAACGGCAGGCCUCGAUGGAGAAACUAAUCUAAAGCAGAGGCAGGUGGUGAGAGGAUAUUCAGAGCAGGUCUCUGAAAUUGAUCCAGAAAAAUUCUCCAGUAGAAUAGAGUGUGAAAGUCCUAACAAUGACCUCAGUUGCUUCCGAGGCUUUGUUGAGCAUUCAAACAAGGAUCGAGUGGGCCUGAGCAAGGAAAACCUACUGCUCCGAGGAUGCACAGUGAGAAACACAGAAGCUGUUGUAGGCAUAGUGGUGUAUGCAGGUCAUGAAACCAAAGCCAUGCUGAAUAACAGUGGCCCUCAUUACAAGCGCAGUAAAUUGGAAAGAAAAGUGAACACUGAUAUUCUUUGGUGUGUUGUGCUUCUAAUCUUUAUGUGUUUAACUGGUGCAAUAGGACAUGGAAUUUGGUUAAGUAGGUAUUCGGAAGUACCUUUUUUUACGAUACCUGAGCCAGAUGGGAAAUCGAUUCCUCCAGCAUUAGCAGGGUUCAAUAUGUUCUGGACGAUGAUCAUCUUAUUACAGGUCUUGAUCCCAAUUUCUCUCUAUGUUUCAAUUGAAAUUGUCAAAUUGGGACAAAUUUAUUUAAUACAGAAUGACAUUGAUUUUUACCAUGAGAAAACAGACUCAACAAUUCAGUGUCGAGCACUGAAUAUUGCUGAAGACCUUGGCCAGAUUCAGUAUAUCUUCUCUGACAAGACUGGAACCCUCACUGAAAAUAAAAUGGUUUUUCGGAGAUGCAGCAUUGCAGGACAGGAGUAUUGCCAUGAGGAAAAUGCAAGAAGGCUGGAAUCCUAUCAAGAGGUGGAUUCAGAUGAUGAGGAUUCAGCUUAUCAUCAGUGUGGCUCUUCGAUGCAUAUGUCAAAAUGGCGGGGGCAGGACUGCAGAGCUGUGAAUGAACCUUUGAACAGAAAGUCUUUGAAUUUGUUGUCUGGUAGUCAUUCUGCAUUAGGAAGGGAAGAUGGAGCAGGUGAUGUUCCCCCUUCAGGACAUGUUGCUUUCAGCAGUCCCAUUGAAACGGAUGUUGUACCAGACGCACAACUGCUGAAGAAGUUCAGUCAAAUUUCUUCUCAUUCCUAUGAUCAGUCAGAAGCUAGCAGCAAGUUAUCUCUGGAGACAAUGUACAUCACUGACUUCUUUCUUGCUCUGGCAAUCUGUAAUACUGUGGUAGUUUCAGUCCCCAAUCAGCCACGUCAGAAGAUGAGACUGUCUUCGCUGGGUAGGAUGCCAAUUAAAUCACUUGAGGAAAUCAGGCAGAUGUUCCAGAGGUUGUCAGUCCGAAGACUAAGUUCUUCCCCACUUCCAAGUGUGAAAGAGUCAUCAUCUGAAAGCCCCAGUAGUUUUGUGAGCAAACUAUCUAUUUUCAGAGUGAAAAUGGCUUCACCUGCUUUGGAUGGAACUGCUCAAAGGGCUGCUGAGCCUCACAAUGCGGACAGCCCAGAGAAUUCCCAAGUGCCUCAAGAACUAGAUAUGGUGAAUGUAGCUGCUGGCUGUGAACGCAACAGUGCUACAUCAUCUAUUGAAUUGUCUCCCUUACCUAAACUUUGUUAUGAAGCUGAGAGUCCAGAUGAAGCUGCCUUAGUUCAUGCUGCUAGGGCUUAUAGAUGUAUUUUACAGUCUAGGUCUCCAGAUCAAGUAACUGUGGACUUCGCAGGUCUGGGAUCUUUAACGUUUCAGCUUUUGCAUAUCCUGCCUUUUGAUUCAGUGCGGAAAAGGAUGUCAGUGGUGGUUCGGCAUCCAGUCUCCAACAAAGUGGUGGUGUACACAAAAGGUGCAGACUCAGUCAUGAUGGAUUUAUUGAGAACUGCAUCUGAAGUAGAUACUAAUAAUUCAGAAAUGGAACAAAAGAAGAUUAAAGAGAGAACUCAGAAGCAUUUGGAUGACUAUGCCAGGAGAGGACUGCGCACUCUGUGUAUUGCUAAGAAGGCGAUGAGUGAUGCAGAAUAUGCAGAAUGGUUAAAUCACCAUUUUUUAGCAGAAACCAGUAUUGACAACAGGGAGGAGCUGCUGCUUGAAUCUGCCAUCAGGCUUGAGACCGAACUAACUUUGCUCGGUGCCACUGGCAUUGAAGAUCGCCUGCAGGAGGGUGUUCCAGACACAAUACAAGCCUUGCGGAAAGCGGGAAUAAAAAUAUGGAUGCUGACAGGUGACAAGAGAGAGACAGCUGUCAACAUUGCCUAUGCUUGUAAACUGCUGGAACCAGAUGACAGAAUCUUCACUCUCAAGUCACAGAAUAAGGAUGCUUGUGCCUUGGUGAUGAGCAAAAUUUUAGAAGGCAUCCAGAAGAAUACUUGUAAAAAACAACCCAGUCAGAAACUUGGGAAUGUCUCUGCAAGUCUCUCCACCCAAUCUCCAGGGUUCAGUGCAGGCCUCGUUAUUGAUGGAAGGACUUUGGAGCAUGUCCUUCAUGGCAGCCUACAGAAUGUUUUCUUGGAACUCACAGAAAAAUGUCGGGCUGUAGUCUGCUGCAGAGCGACACCACUGCAGAAGAGUGUCCUGGUCAGACUGGUGCGAAGUAAGCUAAAGGCAAUGACAUUAGCUGUAGGUGAUGGUGCCAAUGAUGUCAGUAUGAUCCAGGUGGCUGACACUGGUGUGGGAAUAUCGGGCCAAGAAGGCAUGCAGGCUGUGAUGGCAAGUGACUUUGCAGUCUCUCAGUUCAGACACCUCAGGAAGCUGCUGCUUGUCCAUGGUCACUGGUGUUACACCAGACUUACCAACAUGGUGCUUUACUUCUUCUACAAGAAUGUGGCCUAUGUGAACCUCCUGUUCUGGUACCAGUUCUUCUGUGGGUUUUCAGGCACAUCAAUGACUGACUACUGGAUCUUGAUUCUUUUCAAUCUCCUUUUUACGUCGGUGCCGCCUAUCAUUUAUGGUGUCUUGGACAAAGAUGUGUCUGCAGAGGUACUUCUGCAGCUCCCACAACUGUACAUGAUGAGCCAGAAAUCUGUGGCUUACUUGCCUUCAACAUUCUGGAUAACCUUGCUGGAUGCUUUUUACCAAAGUAUUGUUUGCUUUUUUGUGCCUUACUUUACUUACUAUGGCUCAGACAUAGACAUUUUUUCUUUUGGAAACCCUAUAAACACAGCAGCGCUCUUCAUAAUACUGUUUCACCUUCUCAUUGAAUGCAAAUCUGUGACUUGGAUACAUACAGUAGUUAUAGUUGGCAGCAUCCUGUUUUACUUUGUCUUCACUCUGGCCUUUGGGGCAACCUGCAAAACUCACAGUCCAUCAUCAAAUCCUUACUGGAUCAUGGAAAAGCAUAUGACAGACCCAGUAUUUUACUUAGUUUGCCUCUUGACUACUUGUGUUGCUCUGCUACCAAGAUAUUUGCUGAGAGUUCUCCAAGGAACAUUGUUUCCAUCUCCGGUGUUGAGAGCCAAGCACCUUGACAGACUGACCCCAGAGGAGCAGAGGGAAGCAAUUAAGAGAUGGAGAGAUGACUGCGUUGUAAACUGUAGAGUGGAGUUCCAGGCUACUUCUGGGUCUUCCAGCUCAGCCACAGGUUCUGCAUCAGAGGAAGAAAGCAUUGCCAGUGUUUUGCCAACAUCUAAAACACCUUUACAGGCCUGUUCAAGAGAUGGGUUAGUAGAGGACACCUCCUUCUUAUCAGACAUCAGGAUGAGUCCGGGAACACAAAUGGCUUGAACUCUGAAAAGCCGGAAUUUCUGAAUUCAUCAAAAGAAAUUAAUUCAGACUCAUUUGGUGGUAGUAACUCAUGUGCCAAAGUCUCUGUGUGUGCUUCUGAAGGGGGCAGCAGUGCCAUUUCUGUAGCAUAAAGCAGGUUUGAAUUCUUUUGUGUGAAGAAGAUGCUUCAGUGUAUUUUACAAAGUUCAAAUGCUAACUGUUUUAAAACCCAAGAGUAAUAACUGCUGAUUUAUGCUACAUUGUGGUUUUGUUUUCUUCAGCCAAAGUAGAUGAUGCACACAUUUCCUUAAAAGCUUUUUUGUUUAUGAAGAUUUUCUAUAAUUUAUUAAGAUGUUGAAGAUCUAAGUGGCUGGGUUGCUUUUUAUAUUUUUUCACUCAAUAGACUUUGCAUACUGCUUAUUUCUUGUAUGCAACAUUACACAAUACCUCGUGGUGUUACGGACAGGAUGUUACACGGAUUUGCAGGUAGGCCAGCCUGCUUCCUUACACUGCUAGCCUGCAAUCCUAGCAUUCCUGGGACUCACCGCUUUAUGUAUGUAUGAUGUAAACAGAAGGGCUGGGAUGUAGAGUUACCGGUUGGCUUGUUGAAAGUCUCCUGCAGUAUGUGUAUACAGAAAUCGUUUUAACCAUUGAGGUCCAGUUUGUUCUCCAGGCUAUUGUACAGGCCAUCUCAGUGCUGCCCAAACAUGAUUUUAACCAUCAGAAGAGCAGCCCAGAUGAGGCAUAUGUGUCAUGCGCCUCCCUCACCUUCCUCUUCCACAAAAAAACCCAAAUCCUAGUGUGGCCUUUUGUUGUCCGUAGCAGUUCAUACUCCUGCUGCAUCCCUCCUUUUACCUCCCUGUGCAGUUUCAUGUCAUUUGCCACUGACUAGACUUCUUUUCCGCCUCAUCCAGCUCAGAUGCUGGUUGCCUGACUUUCCUCUAAACUCUGCCUCAUGCCCACACUGCUCAAUUGUCUGCCAGCAGUGGGUAGCUCCAGUCUGCUUUCAGGUCUUCUAGAAAUAGCAGCUUCUAGCUGAAGACAUUACUCUUUUUCACUCUCAGGUGUUUUUACAUUCCUCCAGGCUUUUAUAAUACACAGCUGAAGUAUCUCUAGAGGCUGUUAGGAAGAAGGUACAACCCAUUACAUGUCCCCAAUUUGAGCUCUGUUGUUCAUCUCUUUUGGAGAUGUCCUGCCCUUACUGGUUCCCACUGCUCUGCACACUGCACAAGAGCUGGCUGAGGUGCAUGUGGAGUCUGGAUUCCAGACUAACAUAUUGCCUCCUUAUUACUCCCUCCCUAAAAAGUUACAUGGCAAAUUUAUGGAGGAACUUAGGAAAUUGUUUAUAUCUACUAGCACCUGUUGAAAUAAACAGUUUCCUCAAACUAUAGCUGCUAAUGAAUUCUUAGUACUGAGCCCAUUUUUGGGUUGUGUUUCAUUUUAAAACUUUUUGGUUUUAAACUGCCAAGAUUUGUGUGUUUAUUUUUAGGCACUAUGUUUGGGGCAAGGGCUCUGCUUUUUAGUUGAACCAUGAGCUUUCCAUCUCAAUGAUCAACGUUACAUAUUCCACAUCUUUUAAGAUCUCUGAAAGAAUUUAAACAAACGCUGUGAGGUCUGAGACAGCUGCUGCUAUACAGGGCAGAUACUGGGGGCAUGCUAAGUUCAUUCAAAUGAAGGUCACCACAUGUUACCGAAAGUUGAAAAUGGUUCUGUUUUCAAAAGGUAGAGUGUAAUUAGGGCUCACUCCAUCCCUAGAGUUAGUGAACAGAAAAAUACCCUUUUGUUUAGCUUGUAGAAGAAAAACAGUGAAAGGAGCCAGUGAUGACAGCCAUUUCUGCAGAUAUAUAUUUUUUUUUUAUUUAAUUUGGUUCAACAUGACAAAAUAUUUUUUGUAACAUGUAGCAGAAGGUUAGUGGGGACCUUUGAAGUGAUGGCAGAUAUUCAAAUCCUAAGAGAUCGUGUGGAGCAUGUCGAUCUGCAGUUAUGAUUUUCAGAUGUUUGUCUAUAGCCUCCUUCUUGCUGUGGGGGCACCAUGCCAGGAGUGGGCUCCAGGUGUCCUGAGUGAAACAUCUUGGCUUCCUCUGCAAGCCACGGGGACUUGUGAGGUGUCCAAGAGGAAGAUGCAAAACGGCCAGCAGGUUGUGCAGGGAGAUUAGAUGGUACAAGGGCAGAAUCGUGCAGACACAGACUCAGUGAAGUCAUCUGCUCUGCUCCACAGCCCCACACAGGCUCAGCUCUACCGUUACUGUUCCCAGCAGAUGUUCUGCUGUUGUAAAGAGCUCCAGAGAAGCACGCCAGGCCAGUGCUCUCCUGCCCUCAAAGUCAAAUACUGGUUUUGUUUUUGUUGCCUCACCUGCAUGUUUCUUCUGUGCCUUAAAUCUAUGGGCUUCCUUCACCUGUGGCCACAGAGAACAGGUUAUUUUGUUCUAUGGUUCUACAAGUCUGUGACUGAGGUACACUGAGCUCUCAAGGAUGAGCUCUGGGACUUGCAGUGAGCUGAGGGAGUGUGGGGCUCCACAUCUCCCCCUCCUGUCACUGUAAAAAGGAGUUUGGGGGACAACACUGGCCUGUGACUGGUUCUGCUGCAGGAGCAGAACCUACCAGUGGAUUUGGCAGGUAGCUGAUCGUUUAGCCUCAGGAGGUUGCAUGCGUGUCCCACAAAAGCUGUAAGCAUUGCAAGUACCAUCUUCCAGAAUCCUCUGUGACUGUAAGCCAUAGCAUCAAAAUACCUGCCCCAAGAAACAUGAGUGGCAGUCACCUGUUGGACAUGGGGCUGGCUGCAUGAUGCCUUUAAGACACUUGGAUUGGUAUUCUGUGGUUUCUACAAGCCUAGUCACCCCCCUGCUCACUGCUUGACGUUGUGGAGCUUUUGGGAUGGGUUCUGGAAUUGAUGAAGGACGAUUUCAUCUGGGUGUCAAACGUGCCAGACACUGCGGGUUGCCUUGAAACUUCAGGUCCUUUUAAAAGUUCUUCUGUGCUGAGAUAUUGUAAGUAAGUACUGUGGUACCACUUGAAGUGGUACAAGGUAGCAUGCACACAUUCUCUAUUUUUUCUGUGUGUGUUGUUUCACUGAUGUUGUGUGUUGCUUAAAAUUGUCUGCUAUAGGCUGUGUUCUUUUAGAGGACUUUGACAAGCAGUCUAAGUGCUGACAUUAUCUGUUGUGUAAAGCCCAAUCUUUUUUUCCAGGGUUUUUUUUCGUGUGUGGACAAACAGCAGAAAUCUCUUAGGGCUGUCUGCUGUGUUCACUUGCUGUUUUUCACUGAAGGGGAGAUGAGGGUAGUGAGUCUUUAAUAAAAGCUUCACAAUGUUAACUGACCAUAUCCAAAGUGCCAAAUGAAGGGUGCAGGCAGAUCACUCUUCCUUUGCUUCUCAGCAGCUGAAUGUUGUUUCCUUUAUUUCUUUUUAGCACUGAAGACAUCAGGCUCUCCUGCUGGCUUCUGCACUUCAGUACAGCAUGACCUGACUUUUCCAUUUUGAAAACAGGCUUUUUAAGAUCAUCUCACAGGUGCCUUCCAGACGUGAAAGUAAAGCAUUUACACUUUUGAUUUUCAGCUUAAAACAAACCAAAACAACCACCUUCAACUCUGCCAAACUUUGUAGCUACACCUAGAGCAGCUUUGACUCAUUUUUUGAUGUGCAGUAUUUGAUUUACAGAAUGAUUUUUUACUAUCUUUUUUUUCACAGCAGCCACACCAUUUGCAGGUGGUGGGAAGCCACCACCUUUAUAGAGCAAGUGUGUUUUUGCAGCACAGUGAGCUUUGGUCUGUACCUGAGGUGAACAUGGAGCUGAAUGUUUAACCCAAACUAUGUUUUUCCCCUCAGCCCCAAGGGCCGAGCACGGAGCUGAGGACCAGCCAGUGUGGAACAGCCACUGCUCCUGCUGGUCCUGGCCCUGCCACAGGCCAGCCCAGCCCUGCUCUCUGCAGAGACCAGUGGCCAAGUUCUGACUGUGAAGGUGUUAAGAAUGUUCUCAUAGCUGAAUUUCAGUACGGGUUUUGUAUUCUUUGUUCCUGGCUGAUUCUGGUUAUGUUACUCUUACCCUCCUGGUCCUGGAUAGCUUACUGUUGACUGCAGUGAAAAGGCAAAUUUUAACUAUUUUAAGUUUCUACAUGCCUAGUAUUUUGAUUUCAGCAUGUGCCCUGGAAAUGCUGGAUCCCAGUUAAAAGGAGAUGGUUAUUUCAAACUAAUUAUAUUCCUGAGGAAAGCCAUAGAACAAAAUGUGUUCAGAGAAAUUUGACUGCAGCUUUAGUUUUAUGUUAGAUUUUUCAGUCCAGAGUAGUUGUUGGCAGCAGUGUUCUUGGUAAUGUUUUGUAUUAGAAGCAUACAUGCAGAAGAAACUAGAAGUGGUAUAGUGGUGGUAGUGCCAGAAUCUCCACAAGUUGCAGUGCCAAUAGGGCUGCAAGGGCUUCUUAAAAAAGCUAGAUAAGGGCAUACAAAUAACUUUUAAAGACUAUUUUUAGGCACUAUUGCUAAAGUUGUCACUAACUUCACACCUCCAUAUGGUUGUUGAGUCUCUCUCUUGAGAUUAAAACACACUUUCAACAGAGAAGGUUUUUGGAAAAUUACUGUAGAUUUUUAUUAGUACAGCUAGAAAAAAACCACAUCUGCUUGACUGUGUGACAUUGCUGUGGUAGAAGUAAAGCCAACAAUUGUUACCUUAGAGUGAGGCUACACUUAAAAGAGAAACAGCAUAGUUGUGAUGAUAGCCGUCAAGUCAGCACACAAGAAAGGGCUGGGUACAGCAGGAGGGCUAUGUUUGCCUAUUUUGUGUGCACACAUAAAAAAAGCAGUAUAAAAAUACAUUUAUAAAAUUACAAAUUUCUUCUUUACAUGGAAUGUUGUGUCAGAGACAGUUGUGGGGAAGGACAAGACCCAACUGCUCCCUCCUAAAGCCAUUUGGGAUGGGUCUUCAGACUGAUCCCUUACAGGAGGGGGCUGGACCAUAGGUGUAAGCAGGACUCUCCCUCAUUUCCUGGGAGGGACUGCUUGGAAACUGGUGGCAGGCCAAACCCAGUCAAUAAAAAUGUGUAAUUACACAUUAUCAUUUGGUAGCACUCAUGUCUAUGUGAAAUGAUGAGAUGUAUUCAGUGCUUUACAGAAUUAGAAGCUGCUAACCACAUCAUCUGGUGGAGAGCUGCCAGGCUGGGCUGUCCAUUUCACAGAAGCACCUCUUUGUUUCCUGGAAAACAGACCCUGCUGAAACCUGUCACCAGACACAUCAGACGGAUGGAUGGGCGGGCUGGCUCUGACAGCCUCUGCGCACCUCCUCUGCUAUCUCUCGGUAACUGGCUCUGGGACUUUGAUCUAUGCUGCCCUACAGCUGCAGAGGUCCUGCCCCAGAGGAAAGCUAAAGUGGGGACUGAGAGCUACAGCUUCCAUACCCUUGAGGCAAGGGCAUCAAUAACCUGUUUCAUCUGUAAUCUACUUGCAUUGGAAAAACAUGGUCAUAGCUUCCUUCUCUCAUUUACAGCUGGGGAAGAAGAGCAUUUGUAUGUCAUAGUAAAAACAAAAUCCUUUAUGUAUUAAAAAAAGACCCAAACCCAAACCUAGCUAAGCCUAGAAGGGUUUUCUUUCUGAGCAUGAAACAGUGAUACAAUAGUCACUUAAACAGAGGUUCAGAAUCCAUAACAUAAUUAUUGACUAUUAAUACUGUCUAGUAUGUCUAACAUUUAAGCAUGUUAAAGGAGAAGAUAGAUCUGUGUCGCUUAGUUGUAACAUGAUUAAUAGUACCUGAAAUGCCUGUUACUGAGCUCUUUUAAUGCGUGUUUCCACAUACGUCAGUCACGGUAUUGACAAGUUCCCACCAUGUUGUCAUGGGGGUGUACCAGAGGUAGCAGAGAGGGUGGUUACAUGCCUUAGCCAGGAUUCACAGGGGGCCGGGCACAGCACUGAAAACACAGAUUUUAAACGUGUUGCUCCCGGUGGAAUUCAUCCUGUAAUCCUCAGGGUCCUGACUCCUCCUGCUCUGGUCUCCCAAAAACUGAGCACUGUGCAGGACAGCACCUACAGCAGAGGGUAAGACACACUUCCUCACUAGCACUAUGAAGAGGCGCCAAGCUCCAUUAAAACGUUUUUGAACCAGACUCUCUUGGAGUCAAGGCACACUACCGCAGAGUGCUCCGUUACUGGCUGCCAAGCAUGUGAGCUGAUGUACUUUGUUUAAUGUAUUUCUAAUAUUCAUUUGACCAGAAGCUGCAAUCCAAGUCUUCUGUCAUUCAGAUUUCUUUCUGCCCUUUUCUUCCAAUUGUUUAGUCUUGCUAAGCAAAAACUUUCAAUGCAAGAUACUAGAAGAGACCUAUCAAAAAAUACCUGGUUUCCCAGUACCUGGGGUACUGCUCACGCUGCAUCUUUUGCUGCAUUUAAAGCUGCAUUCCCCAUAUUGAACCAAGUGUUCAAACUAGCUUACUGUGGGAGGGGAAACCAUUGUAGGGGCAUUGCCAACUCUGUUAUGUUUUUAAAGGGCUGGAGAUGGCCAAUGCCUGCCUUAUAGGCUGAACACACGAUACAAAAUGGAGGAAAAACCAGGAGGGCACAGGUCUGACAAAUGUGCUAAUGGGUGUCGUGCUGUCAAGACAUGGGUGGUUCCUGGACAUGUCAAGGCAUUGGAAGCUUCAGAAAAUUAAGUGAUAGAAACUGUCCAAAGAGUCUGAAGAGCUGAGCUGUGGUCUCAGGUGCCUCAAGCAGUAGUUACAGGUCUGUUGGCAUACUGGUCCCUCCGUUGCCCCACACAGAUGUCCGGGCUGGCUCUGGGAACAGCAGCUGUGCAUCAGGAUGGUGCAGGGUUACGCCUGUGCACGUUAGCUGCCCUGAGGGACAGAAUGCCUUAGCUCAGGCACACCAGGAAAACAUAGCUACGCAUCUGUGGAGACUGGCAUGUGUACCUUGAUGUGCCUGUGCCACAUGGAUGCACAAACUUGUCAACCUCUUCCACACCCUCCAGCAUGUGGUGUGGCCAUGCCCGGUGUGGCCCUUGUGGAUAAGUGUUCCAUCUGAAUGCACAGAGUUCAUUCAUCAUGACAAGUGAGUGAAAAUGCAUAUGCUACUACUGUAAUAGUAUUAAAAUACGUUAUUUAAAAAGA